AUGACUAUAUUACCGAAAACCAAAAAAAUAUCAAAAGAUCGAGAUAAAUCAGUCAAUGUAGGAACAUCAUCAAGUUUUAUUGAAAAGGCAAGAUGCCCAACAGCGACAAAAAGGUUGAAGCAUCCUGAUCAAUCCUCUAGUAGAGUUUUAUCACCUCCUGCUAAAAAAGUUAAUCGUGCUGGAUCACAGUCACCGUUAAAUUCAGACGAUGAAGUUGGAAAUGCUUAUAGAACAAAUGAAGAAGAGGAUGAUUUCACUGAGCUUCUUCGAGCUACAAAUGGUUGGGAACUCAAGGAAAUGCAAGGAGAUGGAGCGUGUCUGUUCCGUGCUGUAGCUCAUCAAGUUUAUGGAGACCAGGAAAUGCAUACUGAAGUUCGUAGACUUUGUAUGGAUUAUAUGGAACGUAAUAGAGAUCAUUUUUCCCAAUUCAUCACUGAAGAUUUUGAUAAUUAUCUUGAUAGGAAGCGUAAUGUCACUGAACAUGGAAACCAUGCUGAAGUACAAGCUAUUUCGGAAAUGUAUGGAAGACCAGUAGAAAUAUAUCAAUAUCGAUUAGAGCCGAUAAACACGUUCCAUCCUGCUGCUUCGGCAGAGAUGAAUGCCCCUCUCCGUUUGAGUUAUCAUAGCAAUAAUCAUUAUAAUGCAAUCAUUGAUCCAAUGGUUGCUACAAUUGGAGUAGGAUUGGGUUUGCCCGGGCAUGUUCCCGGCUCUGCGGAUGCCGAUUUAAUUACUCAAGCCGUUCAUCAAAGUGAAACAUCACAUUUGGAAGAAGCUAUGCUCAAUGAUAAAAUCCACAUGACCGAUUAUGAGAGAACAGAAGAAGAACUCAAAGAGCAUGUUGCAAGGGAGUCCUAUAUGGAGUACUUAAGAAAGUUGGACGCUGCAUCAAGCGAAGACAAAGUAAAUUCUAAAAGCCCUAAUCGACGUAGGACUCCGUCGAACGAAGAGACAUCUAGUCAGAAACCUUCUUGUUCUGGAACUAAUAAGUUUGCUGCCCACGUUCCAAAUGACAAGCCUUGUACAAGCAAGCAAGCAGGGCUUUAUGAAGAACUUUUAGCAAUGGAAGCGUAUUCAGAUUGGUCAGGAAAAUUGAGCGAAGAUACUAUGAUUGCCCGAGCGAUACUAAUGAGUCAACAACAAUUUCUCGAUGAUAUGCAAAAAAGGGAACAUUCUUCAAACAAUGGAUCUUCUAGUAGCUCCAGUCGAGAUAGAUAG